GCCGCAGCGUAUGUUGUGAUGUUCGCAAACAAUUCGGCCACAAGCAGGUGAUGUGCCUGCCAAGGUAGUCGUGCAAAGGUGUGGCAGUGGUAUUGAUAUAUGCCAGCCUCCCAGCACCCCAGGCUCUGUCGUUACUUGUGUUAUUACUCUUUCAUACAAUUCAUUAAUCCCUCAGUCUCUCUUCCGAGUUCUCUCUUCAAGCCUCUUGAACCACUAGACCUCGAACCACCACACCACCAUCAAUCAUGUGGGGAGUGUCGUACUGGGUCUUUCCCGUGAUCUCUGGUCUCUGUUGGCUCGGAAUGCUCCUCGGCCUACUGAUCAGCUGGAACGUCGAUGGCCGCCCGCACUACCCUUCGAUGGAAAACGACCAAGCUAUAGCAUACAUUUCGGAUGUGGGUGCCGACAAGCUCAAACCUCUCUUCAUUGCCGGCUCCUGCGUUACCACCAUUUUCCUCGACCUCUCUUUCCUCUCAGAGCGAUGGCUACGGCACCGGGGCCGUUUGGCAGCAAAUGUAUCAACGAUUGAGAAGGUUCUGAGUGGGCUGAGCAUGGCCUUUGCUCUUCUCGGGACCACAGGGUUGAUUCUACUAAGCAUUUUCGAUACAAGGAGCCACCAUACCUUGCACGACAUUUUUCUGUUGCUCUUUAUCGUUGGAUACGUCGUUUCCGCAAUAUUCAUUUGCUGGGAGUACCAACGGCUCGGUGCCAAAUACCGCGAGCACCGUAUCCUUCGGGCCUCCUUCUGGAUCAAGCUCGCCUUCAUCCUCAUCGAAAUAGUCCUCGCCGUCGCAUUCGCGGCCUGCAGCUUCCGCAAAGCAUGGAAUGCAGCCGGUGUCUUGGAAUGGGCAAUCGCAUUCAUCUUCACCUUCUAUGUCUUUUCAUUCUUCAUCGAUUUGCUCCCGGCCACGCAAACCAAGAGGGGUAGAAAGUUUCCCACCGGGCCACAAGCGACUCAGAUGCAGAUGGAGGAGAAUGAUCAAUAUGGGCAAGGGCCCGCAGGGAGAAAUACCGUGGAUAGCCAAAGGACAUUGGGAGCAAAUAAUGUUAGAACAACCAAUGGGGUGAAGCAUGAGAAUGGUCAAGCGCCAGUGGCAAGUAAUUUCUAAAAGGCAGGCGACUCUGGGAUAGAUGUGGCAUGAUGGAAAGAAGACACUGUGUAUAUAUGGGUGGGCGUUUUCCAGCACUCCGUUGCGUUGCGUUGAGUUCCUCGUUGGAUAUAUAGGCGUUGGCCUCACGGAAUAGAGAAACCCCUUUUCGAAUCACAGACGC